AGUAGUUUACAUCAUGGUGGUCGUGUAGCUGUCAACACCUAUUAGAAGAAUAAUGUUUCAUAAGGGAGCAAUUAAAAAGGUUUCAAGCACCAAAGAUGUAUCUCAAUCUAAUAUCAAGUCUAAAUCAAAAAGUUCAUCCUCUAAUAAAGAAUCAGAGGAUUCUGAAAAGUUGGAAUCAAGACGGAUUAGAACAUCUAAGAGCACUGAACAAAAGAGAGAGGAUGACAGUCGCCCAAAAUUAUCACAAUCGUCUAAAAUCUCUUCAAAACAAUCAGUUAGAUCACCUCAAAGCAAAUCUAUCAGAGAAACUUCAUCCUCUACACCUGUAUUAAAUGUUAAGAGUUCUAAAACAUCUACGAGAAACAUUUCAUCUUCUAAAACAUCAGAUAACUUUAUAAGGAGAUCAAGUAGUAAUAAUGCACCAAAAAGCCACAAAUCUAAUGAAAAAAUUCAGAGUAGUUAUUCAGAAAAAAGAGGAACGAGUACGAUAUAUGUACCACAAUCAGUGACAAACAAACUUAAUGCUAGAUUAACUAACAAAAAUACUAAUCCAGUUCCAAAGAAUGAAGUAAAAGUUAAAUCAAAGUCAACUGCAGAAAUACCUGAGACAAAAACAGAGUCUAGACAACGUAGACUAUCCAGAACAUUGAGCCCUAGUGAAAUAAGAAUGUUACACUCUGCUACAAACAGAUCAGACUCUACACAAAAAGUAGAUCAAAGUAAAAAUAAUCAGUCAGAGACAAAUCAAAUAGAUAGUGAAUAUGAUUAUGAAGAUGAUUUUGAGGAUUAUGAAUCUGAUUUCCAAGAGUGUACCGAUAGUGAAACAUCUGAAGUAAGCGAGGAAACCAGCAACAGCCAGAAUAAUUUACCUGUAAACCCAAUUGAACUACAAACAACAAAACAACGAAAAGUUGUGAAUAGUGCUGAUCAUAAGGAGGAAGAACACAUGCAUGAUUCUGGUCAUUAUGAACUUACAGAAGCUAGAAAAAGGGCAGCGAGAAUAGAAUCACUUGCAAAUGAUCCAAAGAUAUCUUCUCUCCUUGAGAUAAGACAUCCAAUUAAUAAAACCUAUAGUGAAGAUAGAUUGUCGGAAAAUAAAUCGUUACCAUCAUCUACUGACGAAGGCUUUGAAGAUAGUCGUUCUGGCGACUUUACAAAAUCACCCGCGCUCUCACAAACUUCAUUUAUCGAGUUUCGUAAACCCAAAGAAAAUCAUAAAAUGAAGAAAUCGAAAAAAAGUUUAAGCAGAGGAGAAGAGCUAUUAGAAAUGAUCAAAUUAGAUGUCAUGGAGUGGUCUCUUUUAGAGUGUUCGCCUAUACCGUAUGAGGAAUUCAUUCGAAAUUAUGGAAAAUUAAAUACACAACAAAUAUCUACACAAACCGGUGAAGAUAAUAUCGAUGUAGAAACACAAACGGAGAAGAUUGUACUCGGAAAUAAAUGGACUCAAUUUCCAAUAACUUGUAGAAGUAAUUUAAAAACCAAAGAAGAUUUAGACUUGUUUAGAAUGGAUCAAAUUGGAGUUGGAGAUGACAGUGAUGUUGAAACUGUGAACUCUAUAUCAUCACCAUCGUUUGAUGUAUUACGAUUAUGUGAUUUUCUCAGUCGUGCAAGAAGAGUUGUAUUGUCUUUAUUAGAAGAAAGACGAUCCGGGGGUAAUGUUUUUAAAAAUGAAAAGCAAGUGCCUUUCAGCGACGGAGUUGUUAAACUUUCUAUAGGUUCAAUUACAUUUUUGGCUGGCAGACCAGUGACAAUAAUUCAUUAUUCUGAGGUUUUAAAUAAAAUAUUAAUGACUAUUCAUUCAGCUGUUGAAGAGGAAAUUGAAACAUCUAAUAUACAGGAUUACAUAACUGAUUGUUGUAUUGGAUGUGUUUGGAAUAUUUCUGAACCAUCCAUGCCAAUAAAAUUAUUUUAUUCGACCUGUCCUAUUACUGCGUGUUGUUUCCAUUUGACCAAUUAUAAUGUUGUAUUUGCUGGACUUCAAGAUGGAUCAAUAAGUCUUUGGGAUUUGAAGGAAGAUGAAAUGUGGCAUCACAAAGUGAUAGAUAAAGCAAAUGAACGAAAUUGGACGAUACGAAUGUCCACUUAUACAACAACAAAUACAGAAACAAAUAUUCAUACGUCACAAAUAGUUGCAAUACGUAUAUUAUCUAAGAUCGAAGAAAAAUCAUUAGAACAGCGUAGCAAUAAAUUUGUACCAAUACAGAUAUGUAGCUUAAAUGAAAAAGGUUCUCUUAUAAUAUGGAGCGUUUUGCAUAGCAUGGGAAUAAAUGUUGACGAUUUAGGAUUAUCGUUUUGGGGUAGCGUAAGACUGGUUAAAAGUCAGGAAGUUCUUUUACAAUUUGAUAAUCGAAAAAAGAUUGAUGCAGCUGCAUUUAUUGAUAUGCAUGUGGAUUGUGUUGAUAGCAACAAUCUUUAUAUUGCCACUAACAGUAGCAAUAUUUUGCAUGCUACUUGCGUUGGUAACAAAGCUAAUCCUGCUGUAUAUGGAAACUUUGAUACUAAUCCCUGUGGAAAUGUAACUUGUAUAGAGACAUGUCCAUUUGGACAUUCUUUCUUUCUGGUUGGUUGUGAUGAUGGAACAAUUCGAUUACAUUCUUUAAAUAUUGAGAAACCAAUUUUACAAUUAAAGGACGAGGAGAAUAAAUAUGAAAUAAAGUCGGUACAGUGGUCAAAAUCGAAGCCAUUCACAAUUUUUGUAUUGGACAAUAAUUCACGUGUACAUAUGUGGGACUUGAGUAAUAGUGAUAUACAUCCAACGUACACAGUAAACAUGCAAAACAGUGGAUAUAUAAGCAGUAUGCAAUUAUCAUCCUGUAAAACAAAGCAAGACAUGUCUCAUCAAUAUUUAGCCUUUGGAACGGAGUCCGGAAAUGUAGAAAUACAUAAACUAAAAGCAAAUGUUCGUUAUACUAAAAAAGAAGAUUAUUUAGAGGAAUUAAAUACUUUUCUACGAUACGUUACGAUUUUAUAAUAGAAAGAACAUUGCUACUGAAGUUUGCUCGAGGGAUUUGAAGCUUUUUAUACUUCCAGUGAACAUAAACAUGGAUUUUUUGUGCCUUAAAUUAUGUAUUUAAUUUAAAGGACAAUCUUGUAC